CAGCUCACCCCCCUCCCCUGCCAAGCCGCCGGUGGCCGGCGACCACAAAAUUCCCCGGCGCCGACACCGACGGCCUCUCCCCCCACCCACGACGCUCCCACUCAACCCCUUUCCCUUUCCCUUUCCCCAUUCCUUUCCCCUUUCCCCACCUCGACACGGCACCACUCCCCUUCACCCCCUGCCGGAAACGACCCCCCUCCCCCGUCUCCCUGCCGAAGUCAACCCCUCCCUCCCCUUCCCCACUGUCAGUCCACCCCCCAAACCCUUAAACCCAACCCCUAACGAAAUCCUAACAAAAUCAGAAUCGGGGUUUAAGUGUUUUGGGGUGUCGAUUGACGGUGGGGAAGGGGAGGGAGGGGUCGACUCCGGCAGGGAGUCGGGGCGGCGGUCUAGCAGGGGAGGGGGAUUGGGGUUUUUUUCCUUUUUUUGUUUUUUGAAAUUUAUAAUUAUUAGAUUUUUUUUAUAAUUAAUCAUAUGAUAAUUCCUAAUUAACUAUUAUUAGAAAAAAUGACGAAUCACAUUCUGACACGUGUCACAAUUAACCCACUCCCAAUACUGCAAAACCUUAACUCCUUUUUGAACUCAAGAAUACUCCAAAACCUUCUCACUCGCCGGCAUUCAGCACAAAAACAAGCUAAACCAAAAAUGGUGGAAAUAAAAUACUACAAUGAUUUCCUACAAGUUCAUAGCAUGCUAUUAGCCGCAACUGGGUUGCCGCAAUCGCUUUACCCUCAACUCUUUCGCAAGCUUUCUUCUGAAACUUUUGACGCCGGUGAGUUCUUUCAGAUUGAGCCUUCUGAAGAUGGUCGCCAAAGAAAGCUUAUUCAAACCUCUGAUUUCAUGCCCAAAAACUCCAAUGUCUUUCUUGUUGAUCAUGCUUGGACUUUCCGCCUUUCUGAUGCCCCUAAACAGCUUGAGGAAGUGCCAGGUUUGGUUGAAAGAAUGGCUUCUUUGAUGUGUGUUGAUGCUGAUUGCCAUGAAGACGGUGGAGAUGGCAAUGAAGAUUUGGCUGAUAAAGAUGGGAAAAUGACUGCAGAAGAAAUUUUGGAAAUCGAAAUUUGUAAAGCAAAAGAGUUAAGUAAUGACGGGGUUCAGUGGCUGGAGCUAGAGGAGCUCAAUAUAGACGAUGCCAAUCUUUUGGCCUUGGAUUUACCUACUAAAUGUCCGAAUCUAGUUGCUCUUAGUCUACUUGGGAACAAGAUAGAAAAGGUGGAAACUGUUCUGGAAGAAAUUUCAAAAUUGAAAAACCUACGUGCCCUCUGGCUAAAUGAUAACCCUGUUCUGAAGAAUUGUGCUAGCAACAUGGAGGAAGCUGUUCUUCAGGCAUUCCCAAACUUAGAGAUUUUCAAUUCACACUUUACAUGUAAUUAUGGUGAGUGGGCAUUAGGAUUCUGUGGAGAAAUUUAUGGGAAGGAUAACCCUGGGAAUGACGGUGAAGAACAACUGCAGAACAUUACCUCUUUGGACCUUUCAGAUAGAUGCAUCCACAAUCUAAACAAUAAGGCAUUCUCACCUUUAAAACUUCCUCAUCUUUCACACUUGAAUAUUCGUGGAAAUCCAAUAGAAGAAAAUUCUGUCCCUGAGUUGCUGGAAAUCUUAAAGAAGUUUCCUUCACUUAAUUCUCUGGAGGUUGAUAUACCAGGCCCCCUUGGAGAAAGUGCACUAGAGAUUCUCGAUUCUCUUCCUAAUAUCUUUUUACUUAAUGGUACCAAAGCAACGAAGAUCUUUGAUAUGGAUAAGCAUGUGGUCGACUCAGUGUUGCAGCCACGUCUUCCUGAGUGGAACCCUGAUGACCCCCUUGCUGAUCGUGUACUCAAUGCUAUGUGGUUGUAUUUAAUGACUUACAGACUUGCAGAUGAGGAAAAGAUUGAUGAAACCUCUGUAUGGUAUGUGAUGGAUGAACUGGGUUCAGCUCUGCGACACAGUGAUGUGCCAAAUUUUCAAGUUGCACCUUUUCUAUACAUGCGUGAUGGGAAUUUAUCAUCAGCUGUCAGCUUCUCUAUUUUGUGGCCAACCCAAGAUGUUGAGAAAGGAGAUGAGUGCACACGUGACUUUCUGUUAGGUAUAGGAGAAGAUAAACAACGGUCUGCAAGACUGACUGCUUGGUUCCACACACCAAAGAAUUAUUUCAUCAAAGGAUAUGAGAAGCAUUAUCAAAAGUUGCAAUCGAAACACUUUACACCGCCUUCUAUGGGAUCACUGAAACCUUCAAGUCUGCUUUGUAAUAAAAAUCCUUUACGAGUAUAUACUGAUAUACCCCAUGUACAGGAGUUUUUGACUCGUCCUGAAUUUUCUAUCACUAGUGAACCAAAGGAAGCCGAUAUUCUGUGGACCAGCAUGCAGGUGGAUGAGGAGACUAGAAAGGCUGUUGGAAUAAGAGACGAUCAGUACAUAAACCAAUUUCCUCAUGAAGCCUGUCUAGUUAUGAAGCAUCAUUUGGCUGAAACUAUGCAAGAGGCACAUGGAGCUCCUGAGUGGUUGCAGCCUACAUAUGAUUUAGUAAGUCAUUUGACUGAGCUAAUUGGAGAUUACUAUGUACGUGAAAGAAAAGGUCUUGAUAAUUUAUGGAUACUGAAACCUUGGAAUAUGGCUCGAACUAUAGAUACAACAAUCACGAGUAAUUUAUCUGCUAUAAUUCGUCUGAUGGAGACUGGUCCAAAAAUAUGCCAGAAGUAUAUUGAACAUCCAUCUUUGUUCAGAGGGAAGAAGUUCGAUCUUCGCUACAUUGUUCUUGUUCGCAGUAUUAAUCCUCUGGAUAUAUUCCUUGCUGAUGUCUUUUGGGUAAGGCUAUCAAAUAAUGCAUAUUCUUUGGAUAAACGAAGCUUAUACGAGUAUGAGACCCAUUUCACAGUUAUGAACUAUCGCGGGGUAUUAAAUCAUUUACAAACAAGAGAGUUUGUGAAAGAGUUUGAGCAGGAGCACCAAGUAAAAUGGUCAGAUAUCCAUCAAAGAAUUAGAAAUAUGAUCCGGUCUGUCUUUGAGGCAGCAGUUGCCGUGCAUCCAGAGAUGCACAGUCCAAAAUCCAGGGCAAUUUAUGGUGUUGAUGUCAUGCUUGAUUCUUCUUUCUGUCCUAAGCUAUUGGAGGUGACCUAUUGCCCUGACUGCUCAAGAGCGUGCACAUACGACAUGGAGCCCGUGUUUGGUGAGGGAGCAGAAUUUAAGGGUCGUGACUUCUUCAACAAUGUGUUUGGUUGUCUCUUUUUGAAUGAAACAACCAAUGUAGCACCAUUAUAAUGAGGUUUUGCCACUGAAUUUUGUAGUUUGUAUGUUGUAUCUGAUUGCUCUUGGGAUAUUAAGAGGACUUCAAAAGCGUAUUUUACUAUUUUUGUUUUGGAUCAUGAUUUCUAGAAAGCAUACUCAAAGUCUCAAAUGAGAACCAUAUUUCAUCCUUUUCUAAUUUCUAUGAUCUGGGUCAUUAUAACCUCUAGAAGUCUUAUUCAGAUGAAAGCAUAACAUGUAAAUUAUAACCUUGUAAACUGUGAGUAUAAAAUGUAUAAUAUCUCUAAUUACAAUUGAUGUUUUGUAA